AUGAGAGAUAAGUCCACUAUCUCCAUUGCCCAAUUUAAUAGCCUUUCCACCAGCGGGCAGGACCAGGUCCUCAGCCUGGCCAACAUCUGCAAGCAUGGUCAUCCCGUUGUCGGCAUCAUCUGGACCAACUCCAUCCCCCUCACCCUCAAUGGCAACGAGGCAGGCCUGUUCCCGCUUGCCUCACGAAUCAACCAUUCCUGCGUGCCCAACACCGUGCACUCUUGGGACGAAGAACGUGGAGAGUUGCGAACACACGUGAUUCGCGACAUCCAAGACGGCGAAGAGAUCACCAGUUACUACCCCUCCUCCGUGGCCGAGUACGCACUUCGCCAGGGCCACUUCUGGAAAUUUCAUGGUUUCCGCUGUGCUUGCACACUAUGCCUCCUCCCCCUCGCGGAACGAGAAGCAAGCGACAACCGCAUCCGCCGGAUCAUCGUUCUCGAGCAGAGCCUGGACCUCGCCUGGCAGCACAGGCGACACUGCACACCCAAGGGUGCGCAGCUCAAGCUCGUCGGGACGUUGCUGGAUCUGUACCGCGAAGAAGGCAUUGCUGACUGGCGCCCGAUGCAGGCACUCAUCCGCGGCUCUACCCUGGCCACGGAGAUGCAUAGCGACAGGCGAGCGACUAUUCUUGCAGAGAGGGCUUACAAAAUGUCCAUUGACCUGCGGGGACAUGACCAUUCACAGACAAAGCAAAUGGGAGGACGAGUGAUCCGUAUGAAGCAGUGCUUGGACGAGUGGGGAGGAUAUGGCGCUGUGGAACGUCGACCGGCAGAGAUGACAGAUGGCAACGUCGACAACUGGCUAUACCAUCGGAGUGGUCCGGAUGUCGACCUUUGGGGGUGCACGGAAGAGCAGCGUACGAUGCAGUACGGUCGGUGA